AUGACUCUCGACGUCGCCAAGCCAGAAAGCUCAAAACAUUCUCUUCCCAAAAAUCUCCAGAAUGCUCCUUUUGGUACACCUCCCCACUGGGCAGACUUUUAUCAAUUACCUGUUGAGAACGAUAUCAUAGCCGGCACAGAGUGGAUCUAUAGCCUAUGGGCAGUCCUUCACCGCGCAGUUCCUCCUUCGUAUCAUGCUUUCAGAGAGCUGGAUAAGACGUCUAGGGAGUUGUGUAAUCUCCUCAUGCAGUCCCGUCCCGAAGACGAGUACCUCCCCUUCAAAUUUAUCAUCAAGGCGCAUACUCGAACAAAAACACUUCAUGCCAUUUACGAGAUCCUUGAAUGCCAAGGGUACCUUCAAAGCGUCUGCCCUACGCUCAUCAAUGAUAUUUUUCAGGAAAUCCAGGCCUGCGACUCGGACAGUGUAACAUUCAGUGCCGAUCUUCGUUAUCGAUGCAAAAUUUCAGGGCCCAUCUUGGAGCACAAGAUGCGGUCAUUGCAAAAGGUGGUCAUUAGACAGCACCGGAUCAGCCGAACCAAUCUCAACUUCAAGAAUCACGCUAGAUUUGUCGACCAUCUCUUCCGGGGCUUGUUGACACUGGCUCUUGUGUGCGCACUUUCGGGAUUCGUCUGGUCCCUUUUCGGUAUAGCUUCUGAUUUUAAAAUCAUUAACUUGAUGUAUCUUGUUCUUCCAUUCUGCCCUUUGCUGGCGAUGAUAACAAGCAAUGCAAGUUCGUAUGCGAGCAACAUUGUCUCCCGGGUUGACACCAUGAAUAUGGACGCAUUCAAGCUGAUUUGGGCUGUGAGAGACAUGGUAGGGCUGCUGGCCCUCAUAGCUCAGUCCGACGCUUCACCACUGACCAAUGUGUCGCAUGCGAAACGGUUCAUGGAGGCUUUUCGAACUUCGGACGUUCAUCACUAACAGAUCUUCGGCGUUUCCUGCAGGGGUUGCCCGAUUGGCCCGAUGAAAACUUCGUAGCGCGCGAUUGGGAUGAUCGUGACUGUCGAUGAUGACGACGACAACGUACCUUUCAUCGACCAUGACGUGUCGCUAACUCGCGCUUAGAUCAUCUUUCCGCGUAUUUCUCGACUCUACUAUUGUGGUGACUAGCAUUCACACGAUGGGCUUUUAGAAGGAUUUGCGGUAAUAGUGGCCUCACAAUUACAUUGAACUCCCGUUCAUUUAGGUUUCCUUGGACAUCGAUUGGGAAAAUUUCACCCCGAUGGGGUGUAUUGUGUUUUGAGCACAGAUUAUUUAUUUUAGCAGAUUAUCUCUUGUUCUACUACAGAUCGUAGGUCUGUUACUAAAGCCAACGUAUCCGCACAGGUCCGAGUCCUGUGUUGUUUUUGACAAUUCAAACUGGUCGACAGUUGUAUGUUUCAGUCAAUCUCAUGCAUGAUGAGGC